UUUUCGUGAAACGUUACCUAUUAAAAAUUAAAUUUUAAGAUAUCGUUAUAAUUAGUAACAUUACAUGUUCCUAAUGUGUAUUAUAAUAUUAUUAGUGAAUACUGAUGACGAUACACCUACGCAACGUCAUAAAUUACGUAUUUUAUAAUAAAACAUAUUAUAUUGCUUUCCAUAAUUAUUAUUCACGUAACUUCUUACUUCGAAGGUUUCGAUACAUAUUUGUUCCGCCUACGAAACCAAUUGAAUUCUUAAAAGUUUUUAUAGCAUUCAUUUCGACAAACUUAUAGUAAGUACCGCGGUACACCUCAUAUUAUUGUAGUGCAUCACACUCGUAACUUAUUCUGCAGCGUCGUGGCGGUGGCAUUAAGAAUCAAUUAACCUUAGCAUAAUUUUUUUUCCCGAAAAUGUUUAAUGAUGUUUUCGCGUAGGUACACACGAAAUCGUCGCGGCGACGUAUUCAAUUUCGAAAAAGGAUUUAUUUUUCUUUUGUUAUCUUGUACAAUAUUAUUGUAGUGCAUUUUCCGCGUUUUCAUUUUCAAUGUCAAAAAAAAAAAAAAAAAAAAAACGUAAAAAAAAAGGAAAUUGUCCGCGCUUAAGUAAUAUUUAACGAGGCAGUUUGCGAACAGAUCGGCUUCUGCUUAUAAUAAUGCAAUAUACGGCAUUGUUGUUAUUGCUCGACCGGGUCUGAAAACGAGUAGUUGGUGUACAUACGAAAUAUUAUACGUUUGCCUUGAACAUAAUCGCGUGCGUACGGGCUCGCAUGUGGUCGGGUUAUCAAUAGUUUUAUAAUAGUUGAAAUUCAGUCUUGAUCGCGAUGCAGCGUGGCAAGGGUCGGCACAAAGCGGUAGACGUUUUAUAAUUUUAUAUUUUAUUUGAUGAUGGCGAUACGACAAUUAUAAUAUAACGACUACGACGACGACGACGACGCGAUUUUUUUGAUUAUUCUACAAGCAUUAUUCGCCCGUCCGAGUUCCAUUAUCGUUGUGCGACCGAAUUUCGUCCGCGUCUGAAUACCACUAUAGUAUUUAGCAUAAUAUUAUAACAGUACAGACGGUGUACGUAACAUAUUAUUAUUGUUCGACAAGUAUAUCAUGCAACGAGUUCGGCACCGGUGUCUCAGCAUGGAAUUCGAAGAUUCGUUUGGUGUUCUAAACGACUUGCAGCUAGCCGCUGAACUGGGCAAAACCCUGCUGGAGAGGAAUAAAGAAUUGGAAACCAACCUGAGGCAACAACAAAAUGUCGUGGAAGAUCGCAACCAAGAGAUCGAGUAUCUCACCAAGCAAACGGCCGCUCUGAGAGAAGUGAACGAUUCCAGGCUGCGCAUUUACGAGCAAUUGGAAAUCAGUAUUCAGGAUCUGGAGAGGAAUAACCAGAGGCUCGUCCAGGAGAACAUAAACGACAAAAAGCACAUAAAAAGUCUGUACGAUACAAUCGAAAGUUUGGAAAGUCGCUGCGAAGAUUUGCAGCACCUGGUCGACGACAUGGGCCAUUUAAAGAAAGACGACAGCGCGGUCAGCGAGGGCGGCGGCGGCGGAGGAGCCGCGAUCGAGGAUCAAGAUGAAUAUGCUAAACUUGCUUCACAAUUGGAGCAUGCGAAAAAUCUAAGAGCCAAGGAACAGAGAAAAGUGUCUGAACUAGAACAAAACGUGUCCUUACUCAUACAGGAGAACACCAGUCUAGAGGAAAAAGUGAGCGUAAUGCAACAAAAAGACGAAGAACUGAAAACGCUCCAAGACCAAAUCGUCUAUUUAGAAGAAAUUAGACAAGGAAAUCUGUGUCGGCGUUGUCAGCGCAGUACUGACCCAAACCUAUUCGACGAGUACUCAGUGUACGACGACGAUGAUGACGAUGAUGAUAUUAGCGCUAUAGGAUCAUAUGUCGAAACCCACAAACACGAAGUCUUGCAGCAAUUACAAGAGACGUUGGGGGAGAACUAUUCCGAGGACAACCCUUACCGGAUAUUGGUGGACAAAUACGAGGCGCUGUUGAAGAUCCAACAGAAGCACAACGCGUUCACGCCGAUGGUGCCGUCUGUGAACAACAACAACAACAACAACAAGGACGGCCAGAACCGGGGCAUAUCGCUACACGAGGAGCUGCAGAUGUCUGGGCAGUUCUCGUCGUUUAACGGCAACGCGUCGGACAGCGACGACAGCAGCGACGACGACGGCAUGCCGACCAAGGGACGGGCGGCGCCAAGCGGAGGGGCCAAUAAUUGCAAGUACUCCGAGACGGAAACGACGUCGUCGUCGGGCUUUUCGGACGAGACGAGCAACAAGUGCACGCAGACGGAGACGUUCUUCACCGGUUCGUUCCUGUGCACGAUAUCGGACGGCGACGACUGCCGGUUCAGCAUCUACGACGACGCCAGCCCCGUGGAGAGCCGGUUCCGGAAGACGCCCGAGUACCGGCAGCUGUUCCGCGAGAUAUUCGCCGUGCUCAAGCGGGCGGCCGAGGCCAAGGACGAGGGUGAGAGGCUGCCGCUGCUCCAGGACGACGACCGCGGCUACGAGGGCGAAGACGGCGACGGCGCGGACGACUCGCCGUCUGUCGGCCGUUCGACCGCGUCGGCCACCGCAACUCCACGUGUGCCGCCGGCCACGCCCGCCUGCGAGCACAACCCCUUGAUGUCGACCAUAGAGCAGUCGGCGACAGACGAAAGGCGUCCGGCCACACCGCCGCCACAGCAACCGUUGGUGGACCAACAACAGCCACCGCAGCGAGCCGAACACCAGCAGCAACGCACCGAACAACAGCAGCAGCGACCGGCUGUGGCCGAGCAAGAACAGCAGCAACAGCAACAGCUGCUUCAGCAGGAGCCGCGCCCGGACGCCCACCGUCACCGCCGGGACAUCAUCGAGGAGCUGGCGUCCACGGUCAAGCACAAGAAACACGUCCGGCACCGCAAGACGGCCGCGGCCAGUCAACAGUCCAGGGACAUCAGCCACCUGCUGGAUUUCAAGUGGACCGACCAGGUGACGCGCCGGCAGCCCAGGAGCGGCAGUGGCGACAGGCCUCCGUCGUCCCACAGGUCCACGUGGUGCGCCGCGCCCAAGGACUGCGCGGAAGCGUCGCCCGCCGUGGCCCAACCGUACGCAAGCACCGCGUCCCAGGAAGUGGCCCAGCUCAAGCUGCUGGAGAAGUCGUACGCCGAGGUGUUGAGACUGAGGAAAGUGCCGCCGACGUCGUCCAACAGGCCGCAAUCGCAGCACAUUAACAGAAACGCACGUUGAUGAUAUGCGUUAUCAACUUAUGAUUGUUAACUUUACGUAUUUAAAUUUGUUUUUUCAAAUCAUUUAUUCCUAUAAUAUUAUUAUGAGCCCGUCGCGGGUGGAACAAAAAAAAAAAAAAAAUUUAAAAAAAAAAACAUAAA